ACCAAAUCUCAUAAACUGCACCCACUAAGCACCUUCCUCCUCUUGAAAUUUCAACCUCCUUCGUUUAAUUUCCUCUUUGUAUAUAUAUUUCCCUUGUACCUUCAGCCAUUCUCAUCAACACCAAAACAACAAUCUCUCUUUUCCUCAUAUUUUCUAUCUGCAUGCAAGAAUAUCACCCCCUUUCACCAUAACAUCAAGAAGUUUCAAUUAACAUACAACAAAAAUGGCAGCUCCUAGUUAUUUGAAUCGUUUUCCAAUCAAGAAGUUCCCUGUAACUACAAUUCCUAUGCCUUUGCUAAUUCAUGGCUUAGUGGGUUUCUUCUUUCUGUAUAUAAUCUUUGAUUGCGCUAGAAGAUUUUUCAGUUUUUUGUCUUUUGCUAAAUCCAAAGUUAAUGGUGAAAAGGAAAAAACCUACCAAAAGCUGACAUCUUUUAGUGAGGAAGUAGUUGAUGGAAGCCUAUGCAGGGAAGAGGUAGAGUUGGUUAUGGCUAAUUUGGGAAUUUUUGUCCAUCCUGAAGGUGUAAAGAUUCAGGAGAGGUUGGAUUCUAGUGAUAUUUUUGAACUAUUUGGAGAGGAAUUAGAAGCUAAAGAUCAAGAUAUUAAAGAAGCUUUUGAUAUAUUUGAUGAGAACAAAGAUGGAUUUAUUGACGAAUGGGAUUUGCAGAGAGUUUUGUGCGCUUUGGGAUUAAAGAAAUCUGCAAACUUGGAAAAUUGCAAGAAGAUGAUCAUGGCUUUCGAUGAAAAUGGAGAUGGGAGAAUCGAUUUCCAGGAAUUUAUCAAACUGAUUUAAAUAAUUUAAAUAUCAUCUCAUUGUAGGAGAAAAAAGAAGCCAAAAAUUAGAUGAACAUAAACAUUUUGUAACAUUCUUUAAUUCAUCCGAUUCACCUUUGCUUAAUUAUGAUGAUUAUCAGUUUUGCUCAAAUUAUCUGCCUCAGUUGUAAUGUUUUGGAUUAUAAUCGUGUCAUCAUGUCAGUGGUUAAAAUAUAUGGUAGCACUGUCUUAGGGACUCUUGAGAAGACUAUUGCGAUGAAGGAGUAUAGCUGCAGGCUGUAGAAAUGGGGCAAAAACAUGGAAGAAGCAACCUUAGUCUGGUAUUUUAAAUUUAUGCUAGAUUAGUUGAUUUAUUUUGCUUAUCGAGAA